CGAUUAGAUUUUGGUGGGUCACAUUUUUAGCAAUAACUCAAGAAUUCAUACACAACUUAUGACAAAACUUUGCACAAAUGUCUAAUAAAAAAAGCUAAAGCUAUCAGUGUAAAGUAAAGAGAGUGAAGUGAAACAUCAUCUUUAUUUUAACAUCUUCGUGUUUUUUGUCCUUGUUUCAACAAGGUUACUCAGAAGCAGAAGUGCGCAUUGUUGUCAUAUUUCACAUGAUCUCGAGUGUCCACCUUGAAACUGUGUUGACUGUACUGAUCUUGUUCUGUGUGAAGCAUGCAUGCUUCCACCAUUUUGAGCUUCAUGUGACUGUCAUUGAACCAUGUGAUGAAGCUCUCUGCCAGUCACUGCAUAAAGGUAUACUAUACAUGAGAAGAAGAAAAGAAAAGAGAAAGAAAGAGAAGAAAUUAUUAAAUUAAUUUGAUAGUACAAAUUAAUAAAACUCAAAUUAAUUUUAAACAUAGAGUGCAGUUUUUAAAUUUCAGAGACAAUCAGAGGGAGUAUACUUGGUCCACUGAUGUCUUUGGCUUAUCUAGCAUUAAUUAAUUGUUUUCAACUGGCUUUAGUUGAAGGUGUGUGUCCCUCUAGGGCUUUAGGAAUUACAUAGAAGGGGCUAUCAGUCAAAACAUAGCUGAGCUUAUUAGGACAAAGCGCAGCGCCGAUAUGUCAAAAUGUGUUCAGUGAAAAACGGUCUACUAAUGCGUCAGUUCUGUGAUUUCCACAAUCGUGAUUGAAAACAAAUACAAUAUUUGUUGCUUUUAUCACAUGCUGAACAACGCGACAUGAAACAGCAUAAGCAUUAUAAGGUAGUCAAUGGGCUGUGCAACUGUGAAAAUUCUCUCAGAACUGCGAACCUACAGCCACACUUGCGGUUUUCCUGCAGUUGAACAUUGCACAAGUAUGUGCAAUUCAUAUUACAAUUUCUUGACUGAAAAAUAAAAUGGGAAAAGAAGGCACAAGCUUGAAUUUUGAAUUAUCAGUAUUACAAGUGGAAUUGAAUAACUGCAUGAUUCCCACAUGACUUAACUUUAUAUUUCAUCAAACAUGUGAAUCAGUCUCCACGCACGUUGGCACUGAGCAUUUAAAUAACUAAGUAACUAACUAACCACUUCCUCUUCUCUGUGCCUUUGCUGAAAAUACAUACACAAACCUGAUGUGAGUUUCCACUCUGACUGUCUGAUGGUCAUCAUGUUUCAUCUAAACCAAGCAGCUCUGCUCUCCACUCAGCUGUUACUGAUGCACCAACUUGUUGCAGUGUUAGACAAUGGUCCAGUUUCCCGCAGGAGUAUGCAGGUGUCCAGUGGAAAGUCUGUCACACUCACCUGCAACGCAUCCAUGGCAAAUGUAACUCAAAUAAAUUGGACCAAAGGCAGCUCUCUUUUUACUCAUGUGAUCUUAAAGAAUCAGACUUUUUCAAAUCUGACCUCUCACAGACUGAGAGUAGACCCAAACUUCCCUUUAAACCUGCACAUUUCUAAUGUUCAGCAUAAUGACACAGGACUCUAUAGAUGUACUGCAAAUAGUGUAAAUACUGUAACUACUACUGAGUGGAAUUUAACAGUGUCUGAGGAACUUGAAGCAGCAGUCGGGUCACCGUGGUAUUUUCUAUACAUACUCACAUGUGUACUUGGAUUUCUUCUGUGUUGCAUCACUUCAGCUGUCUGCCUCUGCAGAAAACUGGGGACCAGGAAGUCACACCAGACCCCGGAUCAGUUUCGUCACGACUUGGAAGGAGAGGUGGUCUACUCCCAACCACAGUUCGGCACAGAGGGAAGGACGAAUAACAAGCGGAGGAGUGCUCCAAGCGAAUGCUAUCACAGAGAGAACAAAUGGAUGACUGACACCUCCAGCUCAAAACAUUAAAACCAAAACUGUCACUUUAAGGGAUUUUGUUUUUCGUGCGUAUUUUGUAUUUGUGGUACUCUGUGUAUUUUAAUAUGUUCCUGUGUAUAUGAGUUAUGUUGUGUUGAAUGUUUCCCAAUCUGUUCUGCACUGUGAGCCCAACAAGGCAAGUUGCUAAGAAUGUUUGUCACAAUGGACAUAAAGUCAACUUGACAGGCAGUUGGGGUUGUGCGCCCCCUGUCGUUCUGCAAGGGGAAUGACAUGGGGUCUACUCAACAGAAAUAAAUGACCUUUCUGAGAGGCC